CAGAUCAGCAGUGCGUCGAGCCCUGCGUCGGGCCCAGCAUCGACGUCGACUGUCUCCACGCAAUCCUCUUGUCGUCGCCUGUUAUCCGAUCAGCGGUUUCUGGUGUCCUUCAUUCGUCAUUUGGAUAUUCCACACACCCUAAUACAAGCCAAAACCUAUCUUGUCUGUUCGGCUUUCCUGGCCACCAGUCCCUCGGAGAGUCAGCACAUCGCCUGUCAAACGCAUUUGCCGGCCUACCGGGCGCGCCAUCUCUAGAUCAGAGUCACAACUUAUCAAAGUGA